UGGGGUUCAGAUGGCACUGGACCUGUUAGAGACCAGGUUCUGGGCUACAGCUAAGCAGCCCAAUGACACAGACUGCUCUAACACAGAGGGGAUUUGUCCGCUUACAUGUGAGGCCAUGGACCUGGCCUGCUACCUCAUCGACAGCAAUGCUUUCAUAAUCAUCUCCAAAGAGAAAAGCCAUGUGGGGAGGUUCUUUGGAGAAGUUGACGGCUCAGUGAUGGCACGCCUUAUCAAGAUGGGCAUGUUCAAAAGGGUCUCUCUGUACGACUACCAGGCCAUGUGUAAGAUGGGAGGACAUUCUGCCAGCAGCGCCAGACCCCUUCUUAGUCCCUUCUAUGGUCUGGCGGCUGCUUUAAAGUGGUUCCUCACCAACUUCCUACUAUUUUUACUGGAGUUCAACAUCUGUGGUCUCUGGCACUCUGACCGCUUUGCUGAAGCCAAGCCUGGCUUCAAAGCGUCGGCCCAGAAGAAGAAGGGAGACAUCCUGCAGCCAUGUGACACAGAGUACCCCAGCUUUGUCUACGAGCCCUCCAUCAAGGAGACCAACAGCCUCAUUAAGUGUGGACGCUGUCAGAAGAUGUUUGUAACCCAGGCUGUCCCUGACAGUAACCUGCUGAUGUUGGUGGUACAGGCAGACUGUGACUGUUCCCGUCAGUACCCAGCUAUCACCAUGGAACCCAAGGAAGUGAAAUAUAUCCUUUAACAUGGAGAGCUAUCUUACUGGUUCCCUCUCACAAGCCCUCUCUCUGACACAGAUACUGAUUGAUAGAAUUAUAAUGGUGUUGUGGAAAUGGGAUUUGAUAUCUAUGAAUAAGCAAUUCCUUAGUCAUAUAUCAGACAAAUCACUUCUCUUAUUAUAUACAUUACAGAUGUCGUUCAUUUCAAGCAGUUAUGAAUUGCUGUUUUACGCUGUGGAGAGUAGUCUCUUCCUAAACUCUUCUCCUUGACACAUUCAUAGAUGGCCUGCAGGGUCAUAGCCGAGCAUUCAGAGGUCGAGACAGCAGG